ACAUCAUUUUAAAUGGUAUUAAUUUAACAUACUUACGCAAUUUAAGUUUUAUUUGUAAAUAAGCAAUUAGUAAGAAUGGUUGAGACGCCGACUGUCAAAGUGGAGCUCCAGCAGGAGAAGGAAUUAGAUUGUAAGGAAAUAGAUAUAUAUCGUCACACCUUUAUACGUUAUAUGGGCUACAGCAAUGAGGUGGGAGAAGCUUUUCGUCCGCUCAUACCCAAGUCUAUUGUCGCCGCUUCUUAUGGCAUGGCUAUCGGUUAUGUGUGCACGGAUACUUUUGACAAGUCCUUGCGCAAGGAAAUGUCUGGCGCCAGUAAUCGUGAAGUGGCGCUGGUGGCAUCUGAUGUGUUCACCUGGCAGAUGCUGGCAUCGGUUAUAAUACCAGGAGCGGUUAUAAAUCGUAUUACCGCUGCCAGCAGAGCCUUAUUGCAGAAGUCGCCACCCAGUGUGUUGAAGACACUGCCAACUCUUAUAGGUCUGGCCAGCAUACCGCUGAUAGUGCAUCCUAUAGAUACGCUAGUAGAUCGUUUAAUGGAUGUCAGCUUUCGUAAGCUGGUGAGGUAAUAAGCUGUGCGGAGCAGCAGACAAUUAAACUAUAAACUGGUGCUAGCUGCUUUAGUAUUAAACAUUCCGACAUUAUUAUUUAGUAUU